AUGGUAAAAAUUGCAAUUAUUUCAUACUCUAUGUAUGGACAUGUCGAUACCUUAGCUCGUAAAAUUAAAGAAGGUAUUGAAUCUGCAGGUGGUAAAGUUGAUUUAUUCAGAGUCGAGGAGACACUUCCACCAGCAGUGUUGGAAAAGAUGCAUGCAGUUCCAAGAGAUGAAACUAUUCCAAUCAUCGACAAUGAGACAUUAGUCAAAUAUGACGCCUUUUUGUUAGGUAUUCCAACAAGAUAUGGUAAUUGUUCUGCCCAAUGGUCUGCAUUCUGGGAUAAAACAGGUGGAUUAUGGGUUCAAGGUACAUUAGCCGGUAAAGCUGCUGGUAUAUUUGUUUGUAGUGGUACUUAUGGUGGUGGACAAGAAAGUACAGUUAAGAAUAAUUUAAGUUAUUUAGCCCACCAUGGUAUUGUUUUCAUUCCAUUGGGUUAUAAAGAAACCUUUGCCGAUUUAGCUAAUUUGGAUGAGGUCCAUGGUGGUUCACCAUGGGGUGCUGGUACAUUGGCUGGAUCUGAUGGUUCUAGAGCACCAUCUGAAUUGGAAUUAAGAUUGGCUAAAAUUCAAGGUAAGAGAUUCUAUGAAAUUGUGAACAGAAUGUUUCCCGAGACAUUGAAGGAUAGUGCUAAGAAGGCUGUUGCAGGUAAUGCAGCCCAAAAGGGCCAACAACAAGGCCAGGGCCAAGCACAGGCAGCUCAACAAUCCGGGAAACAAGCAGUUCAGCAAGGCAAACAAACAGCCACUAAGGCUGCAGAAGACAAAGGAUCCCACUGCUGUACAAUAAUUUAA